CGGGAGGACUUCGUGAUGAAAGUCGGGAGUAAUUUCGAGACGAUCUAGUCCACUUCGACAAUCGCUGAAUAAUCUGAAACAAAGAAGAGAGAACCGAGCAGGAUGAUCGGGCCAUCCUCGGGUACCGGGGGAAUCCCGGAUCACGAGCUGUCCGAGAAUCAGUCGCGCGCUGCCAGGAAGCGCAUCUUCGACGACCUGGACAUAGAGACCUUCUGCGAGGAGGUCCAGAACAGUCGAAAGCGGUACCAGUUCCAGGAGAUGGAGACUCCGAUCGAGCUGAUCGCUUCCAACGAGAUGAUCGGCGACACGGCGGCGCUGUUCUCCUCCGUGGAGGAGUCCCCAGUGACUCGACUAGAGGUCCUCCUCGUGGACGGAACGAACUGCACCUGGACCACGGUCUCCGAGCUGGAGUCUCAGCAGAACAUCGCUGAGAUCGCGCCCUCGCCGUCCACGUCUUCCUCUUCGCCCGAGCACAGACGCGAGCAGGUGAUCCAGGUGGAGGAGACUGGCUACCAGAUCGAGCCCAGUUACUGGGAACCUGUGGUCACCAUCCCCUCGACGAAUUUGCAACAGAGCAAGUCUGCACCAUCCUCUAGUAACCAGUAUCAGCAGCAAUUCGACGAUCAGGAAACUGGCAACUUGUCCUGGCUGCUCGACUUCAAGCUGGACCCUUUCAUCGAGGCUGCAGAUGACAGAUCCACAUCAUCCAAUUACAAUUACAAUGGAAGCAAGACGAAAGUAAACGGACGUUCUUACGGGUCCACCUACGUCAACGACGCCAAAAGGAGUUACAACGAGAACGGUUCCUUGCAUCAGGACACCAUCCAGAAUUACCAGAGUCCCGAUAAGAGAAACUUUGUGCCUUCCCGGUGCAAUGGACCAAAGAAGCCACCUUUUACCUACACAGAACUCAUUGAACAUGCUCUUCGAGAGAGGGGAGAGCUCACAGUGUCAGCCAUUUAUCAGUGGAUCUCAGAGCAUUUUCCCUAUUACAAAAACAACGAUGAUCGUUGGAAAAAUUCCGUGCGGCACAACCUUUCGAUAAAUCCUCACUUUCGAAAGGGAUCGAAAGCACCCCACGGAGCUGGACACUUGUGGGCCAUUGCAAAUCGCUCCGGAGACAUCAGACCUCGACAGAUUAUCAACACCUCUAUUGGUAACUCGUCUAUGAAACAAAUCGUCAAGAACAGUCUGGAAACUGAGAAUCCUCCAAAAAAUAUCAGUCAAAUGAAUUUUAUAGACGAAGUGGAAGCAGCGACUGCUAGUAUUACUCAACAGUCAUCAGAAGAAGAGACAGAGAACAUUGUGAAUUCUGUAACAUUGGAACAUUGCGCUGAACAAAUACUCAGUGGUAUCAAAAAGGAAGUGGAGGUACAGUAUCUGGUUCCAAUGAUGAUGUCCAACAGUGAACAUAACAGCGAACAGGCCCAGGAAAUCCAUUAUCCUGUGAAAGAGAGUGACUUCCUCAAUCCAGUAUCUAAAGAGGUAGUGGCAGAGGAGUGCGGACUCAUAAGCGAAGGUUAUCUAGUCACAGACAUAAAUCCAACUGCGUUGGGCCUAAACAUGGUCGAACCAGAGAUAAUUACACCGGAGAACCUCUUCGGCGAGGAAUUAAACUUCCAGUUCUACGAAUUGUCAUCUCCGUCGCAGAUCCAGUCUGCCUGACACACAGAGAGGAACAAGUUACGUUUGAUCGUCAUCGAUCGAACAUACGUUCAAAACAUUCAGAAUUGCGAUCAAGUCGAAAACACUGGUGAUCGCGGUGUUCACAGUGCCACUGAAGAAAGCGAGUUUCAGGACGUUCUCGUCGAUCGAAAACCAUCUGUAAUGCUUCAAGAUGUUACAGAAAAUUGCAACACAUCCUCCAUGGUGGAGAGCUGAUUCCUUUCGGAUGGCAUAACGCAAGAUUUCUAUGGGGGCUACCUGGCUGUCGUAAACUGGUUUCAUCCGAGUUCCCUAUGGAACUUCAACGAAAGAGUUUAAACAGAACAGAGCAUGCUAUUGUCCGAAUUGUGCCUGGAUAUGUAUCGUAUAGUCAUUUAAUACUACAUAUUAGUAUAGUUUCUUCUAGCUCUUGCAG